AUGCGGUCUCUUAUCCCGCUAACCCUUCUGAUCUUCCUCCUUUCAUCCCUUCUGGCACAAGAAGAUCCGUGUGCGAGUGCUCCAACAGCAACUGCCAAAAUUCUAUGUAGACAAAUUCACAAAUGGGACGAUGGCGCUCGGGAGGCAUCGAAAAAGAAGAAGAUUGCCCUACCACCUGGACUCGCAAAGGGAAUGGCAGCAGAGUUUGCUCCAAUUGCAUCGAAUAUCUAUCAGUGUAUGGAUCUGCCGUGUCUAUGCUCUUAUUUGAGAGGAACUGCCACUGGAAACGGAGGAUGCACUCUUCCAAAUGGGCAACCACUUCAGAAAUCAGUGCGAAAGGAAUACCGUAUGCUCACGGACGAUGAGAGAAAUAGACUUCAUGCAGCAUUUAGAGCAUUGAAAAAUAAUGGAGAAUACGAUAGAAUCGGAAGAAUUCACUCUCAAAUGUCAGCUGCUGGUGGUGCUCAUUCAGGUCCAGCUUUCCUUCCCUGGCAUCGUGAAUUUGUGAAACGGGUGGAGUUCGCUCUCCGACAAGUCGAUCCAUCUAUUCUGGACUUCCAAGACCAGCAGACACUAUCAUGUUCAGGUAAUUUUUCCAACAGUCACAAUACAAUGAAAAUCCUUUACAGUGAAUAUCUAGUCGGAGGUACCGGACUUGUCAGCAAUGGUCCCUUCACUAAUUGGAGAACCUUGGCUGGAAGAGCUCAAAUCCAGAGAGCUGUUGGUGCUCAAGGAGCUCCACUUUCUCAAGCAGAUAUAGAUUUCGUUAUGAGGCAAACUCAAAUUGAUCAAGUUCUUUCGUUCACUGCACCACAACAAGGAUGCCCAUACAGAACUGAUUUCAACUGUUUAGAAUACACCCAUGGAAAUGUUCACAUCUUCGUCGGAGGAGACAUGUUCGAUACUGCUACGUCAUCAAAUGACCCAUCUUUCUUCCUCCAUCAUUCGUUCAUCGACUUUGUAUGGGAAAUGUGGAGAUUAGCAAGACAAUCAAGAGCUGAUAGAGAAAUUGCUUUCCCUCCAGAUAACCAAUUGUGUGCUUCACCACAACACUUUGGUGCAUCACCAAUGCAACCUUUCAGUCCAAUGAGAAACAUCGAUGGUCUAUCCAAUAAAUUCACUGACAACCUCUACAGUUAUGCACCACGACCAACAUGCCAAGCAGGAGGAGAUUGUGGAUCAAAAUUCCUUUUCUGUGACACUUCAACAGGCGUUGCUCGUUGUGUCUCUCGUAUUCGUCAUGGAUCCCAAUGUGGCCAGUUCCGUGUGAAUCCUUGCUUCUCUGGAGUUUGUCAGAAUGGAGUCUGUGUUCUUUCCGCCACAGCUCCUCGUCCAACUCCAGCUCCAGUGACUCCUCCUCCAGCUAAUCCAAAUCCAGUGCAAUCGCAAGAGUCUUGCUUCAACGAGAACCAGUGUUGCGCAUCGUGGGCAGCUUCUGGAGAAUGUUCGAGAAACACCGCUUAUAUGAAUGAAUGGUGCAAGGCUAGUUGCGGUGUGUGUAAACCAAAGUAUAGACUGGCUGAUGAUUGCACUGACCGUCACACUCAAUGUGCCAGCUGGUCGCGUUCUGGGGAAUGCACAAAGAAUGCACUCUGGAUGACUGAAAACUGUAGAAAGAGUUGUAAUAAAUGUGGAAGAUCUCGUGCUCAAGAAUGCGGUGGUGGCGGAAAUACAGUAACCACAACUACACCAUCUCCGGCUCAACAAUGCGAUAAUUCGGAUGGAUGUUACAAUGAAAACGUCUGUUGUGCAGUAUGGGGAUUAAUGGGAGAGUGCAGAAAGAAUACUGGAUAUAUGGCUUGUAAUUGUAGAGUGUCCUGUGGACAUUGCUUCCCAGAGGAUUAUAACUACGGAUGUACGUUUUUUAUUUCAUUUAAAACAUAUACUUUUCGAAUUUCAGCAUGCGUCGAUUACCAUCGAUCCUGUGCUGGAUGGGCUCGCGUUGGAGAAUGUCAGAAGAACCCUUGGAUGGCUGAAAACUGUCGUUCGAGCUGUAACAGUUGCUACACUCAAUCCGAGCUCCGUAGAAUGUGUGGAACCACUGCGGGUUCCGUCGCUCCAGUCGCUCAAGUCCGCCAAAAUAAUCCAUCUCGUCAGCCGCCACGUGGCGGUUGGGGAAGAAACGAUGACUUCGGAGGAGGCGGAUGGGGUGGAAAUGGAGGUGGAUGGGGAGGAGGUGAUCCAUGGGGAGGAUCCAGAUGGGGAAGUGGUGGAGGAGGAUGGGGCGGAGGAGGCGGUGGAUGGGGUGGAGGUGGAUGGGGUAAACGAUCCAUUCGUGCAGCGAACGCUUCGAUUGCAAUGCCAGCUUUUGAUCCAGAUCUUUUGUGA